CGGUGCCAUAAUUCGCCACUCUCCGGUCUGGUCUCUGCUUUCCUCGAAAACUCAAAGCACGCAAUCGUCACCGUAACUCGUCUGACACCAUGGGAGAACCAGGACUGAAGGGGACGGUGACGUCGCUUUCGUCGAUGUUUCCGGUGGAAGAAGCAGAGAAAGCAGCGAAGCGCGUUGAGGAGGCGCUGGAGGAGAAGCGGAAGGAGAAGAAUCGCUUGAACGAGUUCAUUGCUGACAACACCUCCCUCACCAAUCUCGUUCAAAAGCUACCCGACGAGCUCCACCACGAUAUAAUGGUUCCGUUUGGUAAAGCAGCAUUCUUUCCUGGUCGUUUGAUUCACACAAAUGAGUUUAUGGUUCUCUUGGGAGAAGGCUACUAUGCUGAAAGAACAGCAAAGCAAACUGUUGAGAUUCUGAAAAGAAGGGAGAAGUCACUAGAAUCCCAAGUCAAUUCUCUUAAGGCUACAAUGGAGGAUCUUAAAUUGGAGGCAUCUUUUUUUGAUACCACUGCUUUAGAAGCAUCAGAGGGUCUUGUGGAGAUAAGGGAAGAGUAUGUUGAGGAGAAUUCUGCUGAAACUGAGUCAGGUUUGGUUGAACAGGAUUCCAUCAGUUUUACUGAGACUGAUAACACAAAGGGUGCAUUUGAGAAUGAAGAAUAUGCUUGUAUACUCUCUAGGUUGGAUGAACUUGAGAAAGAGGAGGAACUUGCAGCUGAAAAUGAUAGGGAGAAGAGUGAAGACAGUUUUGCUGAAGUGGAUAGCAAAAAAGUUGAAGCUGUUGAUGAAAAAUGGGCUCGUGUAAUGUCCAGGUUGGAUGAACUUGAGAAAGAAGAACUCACAGCUCAAAGCGAUGAAGAGAAGGAUGAAGAUCAGCAAACUGAUGCCUCUGAAAGCAAAAGCGAUGAAGAUGAGCAAACUGAAGUUGAUUUUGGCAGAAAGAACAAUGCAGAUCAUAAUUCUCGUUAUCAGACUCUCAUGCAUUCAGAGUCAACCAAACCACCGCAGCAGAGAAAAGACAAACAUACAACACUCGAAGGCUUGUCAAAUAAACAUCAACAACCUGAUUUGACUAAUGAAUUAAAUUGCACAGGAUUGACAGUAGAACCUGCUCCAGAAGAUGGAAGGUCCAUAAGUAGAAAUAUGCCUCAGAAAGUAGAGACAUUGAAUCCUUCUGAAAAUUCCAGUGUGCUUCCUGAUAGGAAGGUGAAGUUUCAAGUAGAAGAUUCAUCAAGAAAAGAGGCAGCUGUUCAGACGAAAAAACCAGGAUUUGAUAGUUCCAAAGCUUUUACAGGAUCCAUAGUGGAGCAUGCUCAAAAUUUACAGGUAUUGCAAAGACAACCGGGAACUUCUUCACAGUCAUUGGGUCCUCAACCUUCAAAGCCGAUUUCUAGAUUCAAGAUGCAGAGGAAGUAGCUUCGCGUGGUUCAAACUUAGAAACCCUGGAAAGUCAAGGAAAUUUACCUUCCCUUUUGCGUUUUUGUGUUACAUUAACUAUUCCAAAAAUUUGAGCGCUCAUGUCAUGAUAAAGUUGUAUGUUGCAAUGUAACAUUUUCACUGAGCACCCUGUUGAAAGUAUGUUGAAUGAAAUGCUUGCCAUUUC